UCCGGGAAUAAAUAAGAGUGUGGCGCGGCGUUGAAACGCUCAGUAUUCUCAUAAGUCAAUAAAUUUUUAUAUUUGACGUGUUAGUUUACGAUUACAAUUAUGAGAUAUUUAUUAGAGUUGGUAUUUAUAAUGCAGACAUAUUUAUUAGUGGUGGAAAUAAAACAAAUAAUUCGUAAUAAAUAUAGUACAUAGUUAUAGAUUCAUGGUGAGUCGGGUUCAGGCAGGUAUAUAAGAUCGGUCCGCCGUAAAACACUAAAUUAUAUAGUGUUUUUGUAUAUUGAUUAGGCGAAGGUAGACCGCAAGUCUGGCGCUGCUCUGCAGGAGGCCCCGAGUAUUGAUCAAAUAAAUAUGGUUUACGAAUAACCUGACUGCUAUAUUCCUAGCUUUUAGACUUUUCAUUUCGAAGGAGCGAUUAUCAUGACUCAUCGACGAUACUAUCGCUGAAAAAUGUCAACUCUGUCACUGAAAUUUCCCCUUCGCUGAAACGAAUUUAAUUAGGAGUUGUUAUGCACAAAGAUAAGGACGAUGGCGGCCUACAUCGUACCAGAGAUCUCACCGCCUUCGACCACACACCCCUAGACGGCGAAAUGUUCCUCCAGGCCUUGAACGGUUUUCUCAUGAUCCUGACCUGCGAAGGGGAGGUUUUCUUCGCAACGCACAGCAUUGAAGGGUACUUGGGGUUCCACCAGUCCGAUAUUGUCCAUCAAUCCGUCUACGAACUCGUCCAUUCGGAAGAUAGAGAAGAAUUGCAAAGACAACUCAUGUGGAACUCUUUUCUUCCACCCGAAUCGGCAAAUAUGGGCCUUCAAGAUGUUCUCCUACCAGAAAAUUGUCAUUUGCUAGAGAGAAGCUUCACAGUGCGCUUCCGAUGUCUCCUAGAUAAUACUUCCGGUUUUUUGCGUUUAGAUAUAAGAGGGCGUGUUAAGGUACUACAUGGCCAAAAUCGUAAAUCAGACGAAGCACCUUUGGCACUUUUUGCGAUUUGUACCCCUUUUGGGCCACCCUCUUUGUUGGAAAUACCACAAAAAGAAGUCAUGUUUAAGAGUAAGCACAAAUUGGAUUUGGCCUUGGUCUCAAUGGAUCAGAGGGGGAAAAUGCUACUGGGGUACUCGGACUCGGAGUUGGCCACGAUGGGAGGGUACGACUUGGUGCACUACGACGAUUUGGCCUACGUGGCCAGUGCACACCAGGAAUUACUCAAAACUGGUGCUUCUGGUAUGAUCGCCUAUCGGUUUCAAACAAAAGAUGGUCAAUGGCAGUGGCUCCAAACCAGUUCUCGACUAGUCUACAAAAACUCCAAACCGGACUUUGUGAUCAGUACCCACCGGCCUUUAAUGGAGGAGGAAGGUCGCGACCUCCUCGGCAAACGUACCAUGGAUUUCAAAGUGAGUUACUUAGACGCCGGUCUUCCAAACAGCUACUUCUCCGAAAGCGACCUCCUCAGUACCACCACCACAGCUCAACACAACCUAACCCCAUCUCGGGUCAAUCGCCGGUACAAAACCCAACUUCGCGAUUUCCUCUCAACAUGUCGUACCAAACGCAAACUGUCAAACUCGGGCCAAGUGACUCCGCCCACCAACACCACAGUCACCGCCCCCAUGCCCACGGUGGAUUACAUCGCGCCUGAUUACAACAUGUACAGCACCACCUACCCCACCCCCACUCCCGAUCACAGCCUCUCCUACAUGCCCCACUCCAACUUCUACCCCACUACCCCGCUCGACAACCGGUACUUGACCACCACGGAAAACCUCUUCCACCAGUACCGCCCACUUGGCACCUACUACCCCGAGUACCACUCCACCCCUUCUAGCCCCUACAACGGCUUCCCCUACGACCCCACCCCCACAACUAGUCACUACCCCUGCCAGCAGUCGUACGCCAACUCGGGUACUUGGCCCUACUCCGUGAGCCCCUCCUCGGGGAUCAUCCAGCCGGUGCAAGUGAUGGAGUUGGGGAAGCCGUGCAAAAUCUCCAAAAUUGAACCAUCCGGGUUGGUCACUCCCAAGAUGGAGGACCGCGAGUACUCGGGGGAAGUACCACGCCAGACGGUACUCAUGUGGGGGUCAAAUCCGCCGACGACGAGCGACGAGAGCAGCGAACUCGCCACCCAAUGGAAUGGCGAGGAGAAGACUGAGUCUGCGCAAAGCGAAGACAGUCAUCCCCACCACACCGCUCAUCAUCAUCACAAUUCGCGCGUUGUGAUGGUAUUGUGAUGAAUGUGGACUCGUGUAUAUAACUCCAGCACACGUAUUUUAUUACUCCGCAAACAUAUCUUCCUGUGUUUUUGUUGUCAAUGUCUUCGAUUAGGACCUAACCUCUUUUUUUUGUUAUUUAUUUUUAGUUUUUACGCAGUGAAAACAUGCUAGUCAACUGGUUAACUGUAUAUGUUGUAUAUUAUUAUUUAUGAAUGUAGUAAUAUAAUGAGUAGAUUAGUCCAUUGUUCAAUUGUUUUUCUAUAAAUAUUUACAAACAAAACGAAUUAUCAAAUAUAUAACUUCAUGUACCAUGUACUAUUCAGUUCUAGGGACGAACAAACAUUCCAUUCAAAGAUUUUUCAAUUGUACAUUUAAGAAUCUUGUAUUACCUUUAACGUGUAUGAAAAUUAUAUAAUGAUAAAAUAAAAAUUAUA